AUGAAUAAUCAAAGACCUCCACGAUUGAACCAGCUGUCUGGAGCUGCUGGGAGAAAAAGAGCAAUGAUUCGGAAAAAAAACGAAAGCAAAAACAAACGAACGCUUUUAGAUUGCGUUCGUUGGACAAAAAUCGAAGAUAAAUGCAAACAGUUCAAUGAUAUUGAGAUCGGUAUCAAUGACUCUAAUGAGUUGCCAGACCAUAAUUCCGACAAACUUUUUCUUGCCGAUGACAUCGAUGACUCCCAAAAAACAUCAUCACAUUUAAAAAAGGAUCAGUUGGAUUUUGUACUUGAUUGUCACAAUGACCAACAAAUUUAUAAAAGUGAUCUUUCUAUACCAAUCUCUAACGAUCCUGCACAAUGGAAAUCAAUAUCAGACACUGAUCGAACGAAUAUAAUUCUGAUGGGACCUUCUUCAAAUCCAAGCAAUUUUCCAAGAGAUCAAAAAGAACGCAAAUUCCCUACUUAUAUCUUUUUAGAGGAACAAAGAAACGGAGAAAAAGUUAGAAGAGAUUGGCUCGUUUGGAGUAAGGCUGUGGCAUCACUCUUUUGUUUCCCUUGCUCCCUUUUUGGAUCGCCUAACUUAACCAGACCCGGUGUUCAAUCCAGUUUGUUGUCUUGGAAUGGAGGUAUACAUGGAAAUUGGAGAAAACUUUCAGAUCGCGUUAAAAGUCAUCAACAAAGCGAUUUUCACCGUAACUGUUAUCUCCAAUGGAAAACAGCUACGAUUCACUUGAAAAGUCAAAAGUCUAUUGAGCAUCAGUUAGAAAAACAAAUUGGAGAUGAAGCAAAGCGAUGGAAAGUAAUUUUACAAUGCAUUCUUGACGUCACAAUUUUUCUAGCUUCAAGAAACUUAGCUUUUAGGGGAUCCAAUCAAAAGUUGUUCAAAAAUGGGAAUGGAAACUUCCUUGGAGCGCUCGAAUUAAUUGCUCGCCACAACAAAACAUUAAAAGAUCAUAUGCAUCUUAUUGCUAAGCACCAAGAUGAAGAAAAACGCAUGCAAGCUCAUUAUUUAUCCUGGAAAUCACAAAAUGAAUUUAUCAAGGAAUGCGGCAAAUUAGUGGUUCGAGAAGUUAUUCGAGAAAUCAAAAAAUCAAUAUAUUUCACCAUCAUCACGGACAACACUCCCCACAGCGAGCAAAUAACUUUUGUUUUUCGUUUUUUGCAUUUCAAUGAUAAUCACCUGUGGGAGAUCAAAGAAAGGUUCCUUAAGCUAGAAGAACUUGAAAAGAAGAAAGGAUCUGAUAUAACAAAGUUGAUAUUGAAUGUGUUGGAAGAGAAUGAGCUCGACAUAAAAAAUUGUCGUGGUCAAGGCUACGACAACGGCGCUAAUAUGGCAGGUAUUUACAAUGGAGUUCAAGCUUUGAUAAGACAGAAUAAUCCACAAGCAAUUUUCAUUCCUUGCUCUGCUCACAGUUUGAACUUAUGUGCAGUACACGCUAUUGAAUCAUUGGCUCCUGCAAAAUCCUAUUUUGGAAAUAUUUAA